GGAAAGAAAAUUAAGAUGAAAAUAAAAAAGAAAAGUGAAAGAGAGUCAAAAUGUAGUACUGUACACAAAUCGGGGCGUUUAUUCUGAAACUAUGCAAUUCGCAGGAUUAUCGAAAUGGUAAUUAUCGAAACGAUAACGCAGGAUUUGUCCUCCAAACGAGGAAAACUAGACGAAGACAGAAUCAGCACUCUACCGGAAGAUGUCCGUAGCAAAAUUCUCUCAUUUCUCCCAACCAAAACCGCCGUUGCUACAAGUCUUCUGUCUCCCAAAUGGCGCUACUUUUGGCAGCAACAUCUCUCAGUUCUCGACUUCGACGAUGACUCAUUCGAACCAAAUGAAGAUCGAUUCGAACUCUUCAAAACCUUUGCGGUUUUCGUAAACAGUGUCUUCCUUCUUCGUAAACCCUGCCAUGUUCACAAAAUGACCCUCUCAUGUAUUCAGUCUCUCGUCGAUGACAAAUUCUGUUUCAAUUCUGUCAAUACGUGGGUCCGUUCCGUCAUUGGGCCCCACCUCAAUGAUCUCCAUCUCACUCUUUAUUCUGACGACGGUUAUUGCUUCGAGCCUCCCAUCAACCUCUCCUCCUGCAUUAACCUACUCUCCCUCAGUCUCGAGGGGGCGGUAUACUUCAACUUGCAACGCGCUAAGGGUAUUCGUUUACCAUCACUAAAGAAGCUGCAUUUGGACAUUGGUUAUGUGUUGGUAACUUCUGUGAGUGCCCUGCUAUCUGGCUGCCCUAUCCUCGAAACUUUGGAUCUUUACUUUGAAACUGAGGAAUAUGGCAUACUUUGUGUGCCACCUUCGUUGAAGAAGUUGAAAAUGAGGCUUGGCAAUGGCAACAGUGGUGCUUCCUUUGAAAUUGACGCUCCUGGUCUUAAGUACCUCGACAUUUCUGAAUUCACUUUUGGCAAUGUUGGCAACUUGCAACACGUGGUGGAAGCAUCUCUUAAUAUUCAUCCUCCCCCUGGUGCUUUUGCCUACACUUUAGUCAAGCUCCUCGACACUCUCUCUGGGGUAAAACAUCUAGUGUUGUGUCUUUCAACAACAAAGUGGUUACUGAGUGGCCCCACUGAUCUACGUUUUCCGGAAUUUCAACAUUUACUUCAUCUAGAGCUUAUUCUUCCUUGGUUUAACUCGAAUUGUCUCCUGAGCCUACUUCAGACAUGUCAUCUGCUUCAAGUCCUCAUAAUUGAAAAUCACAAGGAACAAUCACCCUUGCCAAGAUGGGCUGCACAUCCAAGUGUUCCUAGUUGUCUUGUAUCGCAUCUGACCUUUGUUCAACUUAAAGGGUAUAGGGGGUCUCGAGACGAGUUGUUAUUUGCAAAGUAUAUUUUGCAAAAGGGACUUAUUUUGAAGACAGUGAUUAUUGUUGAUAUUUCGGCGGACAUAAGGAAGAAGUUUGACAAUCUCAAACGAUUAUCUGAUGUGCCAAGGGCCUCUGGAAUGUGCCGACUUACAUAUGACUGAGUUGUAUCUUCCUAAGUUUACAUUUGCAAUGAAGUUGAUAGAAUCAUAUUUUGACAGAUGCUUGGCUUGACACUUCACAAAAAGCGGACUGUGUAUUUUCAAUUUCUUCAAACUCAGUAGUCAUUUGGCAACUAUGUAUUUGGUACUUUAUUAUCAGGACAUGGUACACAAGGCCUUGUUAUUGAACCUGUCUUUUUCUCA